AUGAAUCUAUCGUAUGAUAGAUUGAAGAAGGUGUCAUUCCCACUAUUUAGCUUCUCAGGAGAAUCAGUUCCUAUCAUGGGAUCAAUCCAGUUACCGAUCACGCUAGGUGAGGAACCACGUCACAUUACAAGAAUGGCUAAUUUUAUGGUAAUCAAAUCCGUGUCACCAGCUUACAGUGCAAUCCUAGGAAGGCCUUUGCUCAAUGACAUGAGAGCUGUGCUCUCUUCUAGUUAUUUGUUAAUGAAGUUUCCAACCUUAGGAGUAAUAGGGCAAGUAAGAGGAGAUCAAAAGAAAGCUUGUAGCUGUUAUGUAUCUUCCAUCAAAGGGAAACAAUUGUUAAGGGAUGAAACCUUGGCAAUCUUAGAAGACUCAGUUGAUAAGCCAAAGGCUGUGGAAAAAGUAGAACCUGUGAGGUUAAAAGAUCAUGAUCCAGAUGAUAUGCCAGGCAUUAGUUUGGAGGUGAUUUUUCAUCACUUGAAUGUGGACCCAAAGGUCCAAUACCCAGAAUGGCUUGCCAAUGUUAUAAUGGUGAAGAAAUCAAAUGGGAAAUGGAGAGUAUGCAUAGACUUCACUAAUCUUAACAAAGCUUGCCCAAAAGAUUCAUAUCCUUUACCAAGAAUCGACAAGUUAGUGGAUGAGACCUUAGGCUAUGAGUUGCUAAGCUUCAUGGAUGCUUUCUCAGGAUAUCAUCAGAUAAAGAUGAAUCCCUCAGAUAAAGAAAAGACUGGUUUAAUUACUGAGAAAGGGACGUAUUGUUACAAAGUAAUGCCUUUUGGACUAAAAAAUGCAGGAGCAACCUAUCAAAGAAUGGUGAACAAGGUAUUCAAACACCUUUUAGCUGACACUAUGGAAGCUUACAUCGAUGAUAUGAUCGUCAAAAGCAAGGUAGGUGAGUCUCAUACAAAAAAACUCAACCAAGUCUUUGAUGUAUUAAGGAAAUACGACAUGAGACUUAACCCCAACAAAUGUACGUUUAGGGUUCAAUCUGAAAAAUUUCUUAGUUACACGAUAACUAAAAGAGGGAUAGAAGCUAACCCAGAGGAGAUGCAAGCCAUACUAGAGAUGAGAUCUCCAUCAUCUAUGAAAGAGGUGCAACGCUUAACUGGAAGAAUUGCAGCCCUAAAUAAGUUCCUUUCCAAGUCAGCUGAAAGGAGCCUUCCCUUCUUUAAGACUUUAAGAGGUGGGAAGAAUUUUGAAUGGACUUCAGAAUGUGAUAAGGCUUUUGAAGAGCUAAAAGAAUACUUGAAGCAGAUACCUCUUUUGACUAGACUUGAGCCUAAAGAGCAAUUAUUUGUAUAUUUGGGAGUUAGCAAGAUGGCUUUAAGUACAGUCUUAUUGAGGAAGGAAGAAAAAGUGGAUAAAACAGUGUACUAUGUCAAUAAAGUACUUCAAGGUGCAGAGUCUCGAUACCCUUUUGCUGAAAGGGUAGCAUUAGCACUUGUGCUGGCUUCCAGAAAAUUAAGACCCUACUUUCAAGCUCAUCCUAUAGUUGUCUUAAUAGAUCAACCUUUACAUCAGAUAUUACAAAGACCAGAAUAUUCUGGAAGACUUACAAAGUGGGCGAUUGAACUAGGAGAGUAUGAUAUUUGCUUUGAACCUAGACAAGCAAUCAAAGGUCAAGCUUUAGCUGAUUUCAUAGUAGAAUGCAUUGGAGAAGAGGAGCUAAAUAAAGUAGAUGAACACAUAUGGAAGAUGUUUGUGGAUGGAGCAUCAAGUUCAUCGGGGAGCAGAGCUGGGGUAGUUCUGAUCUCUCCUGAAGGAGAUAUACUAGAUUAUUCAUUGCGCUUUGCCUUUUUAAGCUCAAACAAUAUUGCAGAAUAUGAAGCACUUAUAGUAGGAAUGAGAUUAGCCAUGCAACUACAGGUGAAAAGAUUGAUGGCACAUAGUGAUUCACAAUUAGUGGUUCAACAGUUUCAUGGAGAGUAUGAAGCAAAAGAACCAAUUAUACGCCAAUACCUUCACAAGGUUAAAACCUUGUCUCAGGAGUUUGAAGAAUUCCAAUUAUUACAAGUUAAUAGGAAUUCAAAUAGUCAUGCAGACGCUUUGUCCAAAUUGGCCUCAUCAAUGGAAACAAAGGGAAGGAUUGUACAUCUCGAAGAACUUCAAAGGCCAAGUAUCAAAGAGAAGAACAUAGCAAACAUUAAAGAUGGGAAUGAUUGGAGAAUACCCUUUAAGAAAUUCUUAAAAGAUGGGGAGCUACCUUCAAACACACUGGAAGCCAAAAAAUUAAAGAUGAGAGCAGCUCGUUUCAUGCUGAUAAAUGAUGUGCUCUACAAGAAGGUGUUUGCCAUGCCACUUUUAAGAUGCCUCCAUAAACAAGAUGCAGAAUAUGCGUUAGCUGAAGUCAAUUCUCGUUCUAUGAAAAGAAAUCAAAGUCUUGGAAGUCUAUUAGAACCAGAUCAAGAAUUUGAGAGGGAUUUCCGACUUCAAUAUCAAAGGAAAGCUAAGCUUAAAGAGUCCUCACAAGCAUCACACAUGAAGGAUAAUAGUAAAACUUUGAGGGAGUUUGAAGCCCCAAGUGCUCAAGGAUUGCAUUCCAGUAUUGCAAUGCCACCUUUAGACUCAGAUUUCCUUUCUAAUUGCGGGAUAAGGCUCGAGCUUGGUUACAUUCACUGCCUAAAGGCUCUAUCAAAACAUGGGAUCAAUUGCUCCAAGUUUUUCUUUCUAAGUAUUUUCCGCCAAGAAAAACAGCUCAGUGGAUUAAACUACAACUCUCGCAUUUCAGUUGAUGCUGCAUCAGGAGGAGCUUUGAUGAACAAAAUGGUGGAUGACGCUUAUAAUUUAAUUGAAGACAUGGCUCUCAACCACUACCAAUGGACAAGUGAAAGAAACACCACUCCAAAACCUGCAGGAAGACAUAAAGUAGAGACCUUAAACCUAAUUUCAGCCAAGGUGGAUGCUCUAACUCAAAAAUUUGACAAACUGAAUGCAAAUGUUCCAAGUGCCGCCAAUAUCACAUGUGAAAUCUGUGGGUCCACAGGACACCUAGCUACAAACUGUCAUUUGAUCGCACCCCCUUCUUCAAAACCAUCAAUGGAGCAAAUGAACUAUCUUCACAACUUCAGUCAGAGAACUGUCAAUGAUCCAUUCUCAAACACCUACAACCCUGGUUGGCAAAAUCAUCCUAACCUUUCCUACAAGAGCAACCAACCACAUUUCGAGCAAAACCUCAGCUCUAAUAUACCUAGACAGCCACCAGGAUUUCAACAGAGGAUUUCCAAUCCACAACCAGUACAGAAAUAA